AUGGGAGGUCUAUCUGCUGCUAUUUGUGAUCAGUUUCUUCUUCUUCUUCUGUUCUUGUUACAGCUGCUUUUUUUGGGUUUUCUAUUCCUUGGAAUUAGCAAUAAUUUUGUUGGAGUAGCUGGUGUCAGUAGUACUACUCUCACCGUGAGCAGCAGCUGCAAAGAGGGGGAGAGACAGGCACUGCUCGAGGUCAAAGCUGGUCUAAACGACACUACUUCAGGGCGGCUCUCUUCUUGGAUCGGUGAUGAUUGCUGCACAUGGAGAGGUGUGGUCUGCAACAAUAUGACCCAUCAUGUCAUCAAACUCGACCUUCGAAAUCAACCUGUAUACAUUGAACACAUGACAAGUGUUGAUGAAUAUUACGACAUUGAUUGGGAAGCUGCCCACAAGUCUUCUUUGGGUGGAAAGAUAAGUCCUUCAUUGCUCAAAUUGAAACACUUGAAUUACUUGGACCUCAGCUUCAACAUUAAUUUUCAAGAAACCCAUAUUCCAAAAUUCCUCGGUUCACUUCACAACUUGAGGUAUCUCAAUCUCUCUCUUGCACCAUUCGCUGGAACAAUUCCUCCUCAACUCGGAAAUUUGUCAAGAUUGCAAUAUCUUGAUCUCCAUUCUUCGGGUUUAACCGUCGACAAUCUUCAGUGGCUCUCUGGUCUAUCUUCUUCUUUGAGGUACCUAAACAUGGAAUCUUUGAGCUUUACAGGUAAGUCUUCAAGUGACUGGAUACAAGCUGUUACUAUGCUUCCUUCUCUUUCAGAACUACACCUGUCCUCCUGUCAACUUUCCAACAUCCCUCUCUCAAUUCCAUAUGUUGCAAAUUUUACUUCUCUUCUAGUCCUCGAACUUGCUGGGAACAACUUUAACUCCUCAAUUAUUCCUCCCUGGAUUUCCAAUAUUACAAGUCUUACUGUUCUAGACUUAUCCUUUAAUAUGGACAUUGGAGGAAGGAUACCAAAAAAUUUGGGCAAUCUUUGCAAUUUGAAACGGUUAGAUCUAUCAGAAUGCAAUAUUAAUGGCGGAAUAACAGAAUAUGUGAACAGUUUGUCCAUGUGCAAUUCUAAUAGCCGCUUGGAGACACUACAUUUGGAGUACACCCAAGUUUCAGGUAAACUACUUACUACUUACUCCUUCUCCUGGAACGUACCUUGUUGGAUCUUUUGUGGGUGCAUACUACGACCUCUCUUAAUUGAAACUUCUAUUUCAGGUCCAAUUCCUACAUCUAUUGGAAACUUGUCGUCCUUGUUGAAAUUGGAACUCUCUAGUACUCAACUUUCAGGUCCAAUUCCUGCAACUAUCGGAAACUUGUGGUCCUUGAGAACAUUAGUCCUCUCUUGGACUCAAAUCACAGGGCCUAUUCCGUUGUCCAUUGGAGGAUUGUCAUCCUUGAGAACAUUAUACCUCUCUAAUACUCAAAUCACAGGGCCUAUUCCGUUGUCCAUUGGAGGAUUGUCAUCCUUGAGAACAUUAUACCUCUCUAAUACUCAAAUCACAGGUCCUAUUCCGUCUUCCAUUGGAGGAUUGUCAUCCUUGAGAACAUUAGACCUCUCUGGAACUCAAAUCACAGGUCCUAUUCCGAUGUCCAUUGGAGGAUUGUCAUCCUUGAGAACAUUAGCCCUCUCUGGAACUCAAAUCACAGGUCCUAUCCCGAUGUCCAUUGGAGGAUUGUCAUCCUUAAGAUAUUUGGACCUUGCCUACAAUCAAAAAUUGGAUGCAAAUAUUCCUGAAUCGGUUGGGGAACUUUCAGAGUUGGUUGAAUUGAUAUUAACUGAGAGUUCUUUGAGGGGCGUUAUUUCAGAAGCUCACUUUAAAAAUGUCAAAAGUUUAAAAUCGCUAUACAUCGGCUCUGAAGUUCCAAAUAAGCCCUUGGUUUUUAAACCGAGCAGGGAGUGGAUUCCAACUUUUAGUCUAGACACUAUCUAUAUGUCUGACCUCCAAAUGGGCCCCAAUUUUCCUCCAUGGCUUGCAACUCAAAAGAACCUCUCCAGGAUAACUCUCAGAAACGUAGGAAUUUCAGACACCAUACCAGAUAGCGUUUGGAAUUUAUGUGCUCGGCACUCGAUAGAUGUUUUGGAUCUCUCUCACAAUCAAAUCAGAGGGAAGGUACCAAAUUCUUUGGAAUUUUUCAGUGCAAGUAUAGUUGAUUUGAGUUUCAAUCAAUUCAAUGGUUCUCUCCCCCUUUGGUCUAAUGUCAGUUUUCUACUUCUUGGGACAAAUUUAUUCACAGGACAAAUUCCUCAGAAUAUUGGUGAAGUUUUAGGGUCUCACGUAACCCAAUUAGAUUUUUCUGGGAAUUUUUUAAAUGGGAGAAUUCCUUCUUCUAUAUGUCAACUAACGAGUUUGAAUUUUCUUGUUCUUUCAAAUAAUAAUUUAGGGGGAGAACUCCCUAACUGUUGGAAGGACAUGAAUUACUUGAUGGUUUUAGAUUUAGGUAACAACAAUCUAUCAGGCAAGAUUCCUCAAUCAAUAGGUCAGUUGUCAUUAUUGGAAUAUCUAUUACUUAGUAGCAACAACUUUCAUGGCAAGCUUCCUUCAUCAUUGCGAAAAUGCACAUCUUUACGGAGUCUUGACCUUAGCAGAAAUGGAUUCACUGGCAAUAUACCAACAUGGAUUGGAGAAAGUCUAUCAGAAUUGAGUAUUAUCAGCUUUCGUUCCAACUUUUUCACCGAAGAAAUUCCUUCACAAAUCUGUAACCUUUCUAAGCUUCACUUCUUGGACCUCUCACAUAAUAAUCUAUCAGGACUCAUCCCACAAUGUUUGGGCAACUUGAGUUAUCUAGGAUCAAAUAAGACACAUCCUAGAUUAGGCAGUUAUGGGGAGCACAUGAAGGUAGUUACAAAAGGAAGAGAACUUGAAUAUAGCUCAACUCUUGACUUGGUGAAUAGCAUUGAUCUUUCAUACAAUCAUCUAUCAGGAAAGAUUCCAAAUGGGAUAACAAGGCUGGUGGGAUUGGGUACCUUGAACUUAUCAAUGAAUCAUUUGACAGGAAAGAUCCCGGAGAAGAUUGGGGAUUUGCAAUAUCUGGAAACCCUUGACCUUUCCAGAAACCAACUUUGUGGUGAGAUUCCUCCAACCAUAUCUUCUUUAACUUUCUUGAGCCACUUGAACCUCUCACAUAACAAUUUAUCUGGGAAAAUUCCACUAAGUAACCAGAUCCAGACCAUCAUUGAUGGUGAUGCGUCAUCAUCCAUUUAUUCUGGGAACUCCGGACUUUGUGGGUGGCCCCUACCUAAUAAUUGCCCAGGCACCAACAUAUCUCCUCCAGCAUAUGAUGAUGGCAAAGUUGAUGGAGAUCAUCAAAAUGAGGAAUGGAUGGAUAUGCUAUGGUUUUACAUUGGCGGCGUUAUGGGUUUCAUUGUGGGAUUUUGGACUGUUUGGGGCACUUUAUUUUUCAAGAAAACUUGGAGGAUUGCUUACUUUCGAUUUUUGUCAUAUUAUAUUGAAUGAGGA